GGUCAUGGAUGCAGAGUGUUCCCAGCUCCUCCCACAUGUCUGUGGAAUAUUGGUUGACAGCAGACAGCUUGUGAAAGAUGAUUCAAUCUAUGAGAAACUGCUGGACUGGUUCAAGUCCUUGCUUAGUGUCGUUCCCCCAGAAAGGCUCCUGGCAGAGAAUCAAUGUCUUGUAGGACUUUUUCAGCAGGUGCUGAAUAUGGAAGAACCAGAUCCAAGCCUCCUGGCUUUCUCUAUGAGACUGGUGGGCAUGUUUGCAGCGCAGGAAGGAGGAUUUAAGUAUCUGCAGGCCUAUAAUGUUGUACGGGAUACAUUUGGAGAAUGCAGCUACAACAGUGUAACAUGGAAGGAUGCGUCUGUUAGGAGAGCUUGGAUACAAGGACUGCUCUGCAUGAUACAGCACAACGAGGCUCUUACCUUUGUACAACAGUUGAGGCUGAUAGAGGAGAUGUUAGGUCUACUGAGUGACUCCAGCCUGUUUGUUGCUUCUGCUGUGAAUGACCUUGUAGCUCAUGUGUUCGUUAUGAGUGUGACUCUAGAAGGACAAGAUAGCAGCAGAUGUAUAUCUGGUUUGCCGGACGUGGGACAAACCAUCUUCAGUCAUCUAGAGAAACUCCUCACCUCUGGUGCUCUACAGUCAGUGACGCAGUCCCUGAAGGCUCUGACAGCCAUGUUCAAAGGCUCCCAAGAUUUACUGGCAGACAUUGUUUGGUCAAGAAUGUCAGAGCUGAUAAACUCUUUGCUGCAUCAUAAACCUGUCCUUGGGUCACCCCAUCUAGAGGGUCUGCUGCUUAGUGUAACCAGGUUCCCCGUUUUCUGCACUGCUGACUAUGAUCUGUGGGUGGUGGUCAAACAUGCACUGAAAGAACUAAGUCCUCUUCAAGCUGGUUCCCUUUCAUUUGGGCUUCUAAGCUUAAAGCAAUGUCCGCAGGAUGUCCGUCUGCAGUCUCUCUGUGUACUACUACACCCACUCGAUUGCAUACUGAGAGCUUCAGAGGACAGCUUUGGACAAACAGGUCUUCUUGAUAAACCUGUGUGUGAUCCAGUCAUUGCAGAGAGCCUCCUGUCUAGGAAGACUUCAUGUACUGGACUGUUGUGUCAGUGUCUGAGCCAUAUAACAGAUCUGUGCGACAAGGACAAUUUCCCGGCACAGAUCCCCCAUGACUCUGUCCUGCAUUCCGUUAUGUUAGUGCUGAAAUUCUGCAUUGGUCAAUCAGUGUGUACAUCCCCUGCAGGGUCCCACUUCAGCAGGUUCCUUAUUGGCUGUCUUCGAGUGCAAAGGUCGGCGCUGGAUGCCAUCGCAGCUCUUUCAGCUUGGCCAUUGAAGCGGGACAGUUUGGAGAAGACAUACAAAGUGCUCACUGCUUAUUUGGAGAACCCAGAAACAGACCCAACGGUUCUGAAAAAGGCUUACCAGGCCUCACUGAAAUGGCUUCAGACCUCUCAAACCUCUGCUGAGCACCGAGAAGAAAGCCACUGUUUUCUCCAAGGUCUUUACCCCGUGCUGAUGAAAAGGUUAUGCAGCCCGCAUUGGGAAGCUCGAGAUAGUACUCUGGAAUUCAUCACUCACCUUCUGAUCAUUAUUAAAGAGCAUGGAGAAUUUCUUCAAGUUCUGAGUUCAUCUGGACUUCUGCAACUGGCUGUGGACCUUCUCAAGGACCCAGAGAGUUACGUUCGAGCAAGUGCCGUGACCUGCAUGGGACGGAUUGCCAAUAUUGCUUACAUUAACCCCACAUCCGCCUCCAGCAGUAUCUUGCCCAUGGAAGCUUUGAACAGAGAGAAUCUUGUGCCAACCUUAAUGGACAUUUUAUGCCAGGACACAGAAGGAUUCCCCAGGAGAGCUGUGGUGAAAGUCUUCACUGACUGGCUAAGGACAGGUCACAUGACCGAGGUCUAUGACGCCGAGUUGCUCGUGUCCCGCGUGCUAGAAGUAACACUCAGUGAUUUGGAUUGGGAAGUGAAGGUGAAUGCACUGGAUCUGGCACAUGACUACUUAAGCCAGGCACUUGAAAUAAAAGAGUGUCAGAGCUGCCCAUACACUGCAGACUUACCUUCUAGCAAAAGGAUGCUUCCCAUUGAAGACGCAAUGCUAAAGUGCGAACAAGUAGGCCUCUUCCAGUUCCUGCUGAGCUGUCUGUGUGACUGUGACAGACCGGUGGCACUGAAAGCCUGUGAAAUUCUGCUGUCUGUAAAGCCGUCCCUGUGUGAGGGAAAAGGCGCUGCCUCAGAGUUACAUAGGGGGGACUGGCUCGAAGGUACGCUGAAACACCUCCAUAGUGCAGCUCAUGCAGGUAAGGGAAACACAGAGCUGGACACUAAAUGGGUGACAGACGUCUUAAAAAGAAUUGAUUUGGAUGGUAUGAAGUGUACCCUGUCAAAGAGUAGUGACUAUCUACAGGAAACCCCCCUGUCCCUCCUGCAGGACAUCAGAGCCACUUUGUGUGCUGGAGAGGAGCAAGACGCCGACUGCUACUGAGGACAGGGAAAAGAACUGCGGCAAAAGCAA